AGCUGAUGGAAAUGAUGCUUUCAGUCUUUCUGUCCGGGUUGCAUUUGAAAUGACUGGACCUAAUAAAAGCAGAGUCCAUUCCCUGAGAGUCCACACCUUUCUUUGCCGUGGCUCCCAAAGAAAACCAGCAGAAGGGCAGAAAGUGGAUGAAGGGAGGCGGCAGCACAAAUACAAUGAUCUCUGAAUCUGGCGGCGUUCAUCAGAACAGCGAUCAUCCUCCCAGCCCCUCAUCCUCCUCCCUCCGCUCUGCAGCCUGCCAGCUGAGCAGCAGCCUGGACACCCGGAGCACCAGCAGCAGCUUCCAGCCUCUGUUCUCCGCCUGCAUCAUGACAUCUGGGGAGUUCCUGCCGAGCGCUCCUCUGCUGGUGCACAAAUCCAGGAGGAGCCUGCUCUACAAGUCGCUCUGCUUCCUUCUCCUCUUCUUCCAGGGCGGCGUCCUGGACUUCUACCUCAUCCUCUUCACCGACCUGUACUGGUGCUCAUGGAUCGCCACGGACCUGGUGGUGAUCUCUGGCUGGGGGGUUUUCUUCCUGAAGAACGCUCGAAGCCAGAGAGAACGGGCCUGCGGCUUUCACCAGAAGAGCUCCAUUUUCGGCUGCAACCUCGGAGAGUUCACGUACGCCUACCUGGCCUGGCUCAUCUAUGUCAUCGCCUGCACCCCGAAAGUCGUGCUCAUCCUGGAGACCUCCAUCCUGGAGCUGAUCGCGCUGAAGGUGCCGUGCGGCGUGACCGGCUUUAAGAUCACGGUUCUGCUGUCGGCGCCGCUGCUCUUCUGCCUCAUCAACUCCAUCGUGGUGGAUUUAAACGGCCCGACCCGCCACCACUCCCAGAGCUGCUUCACCAGCACCUGCUUGGACCUGCUGGACUCCUUCACGCUGAUGGAGACGCUUCUCAGAGGCGAGCUGCCCUCCGUGUACCUGAAGUACACCGUGAUCGCGGUGUACUUCGUGGCCCUGGCGGUCCCGGUGGUCUGGCUCUACGAGCUGACGGCGGCGGAGCUGCGGUGCCGGUGGCUGUGGGCCCGCUUCUCCACCGGGCUGUUGGUCAACGCCCCGCUGCUCGUCGUGCGUUGCUUCCAGGUGUAUGUUUACAAGGCGCCGGUGUCGGUGUUCAUGUUCAAGAACAUCUUCUUGCUGACGUGCCGCCUGCUGGAGCUGCUGGAGCAGUGCGCCGCGGUGCAGGGCCUGCGGAGGCGGACUGGCACCAACAACCCAGCCCAGUUCUCCCACUGCGUGUCCGAGAACGACAUGUGUCCCCACGGAUAUGUCAACACUCUGGCCGUCACGCAGUCUUAAUCAGCAUGCAUGUGCUGGAUGCGGGCGUGGGACUGGAGCAGACACAGCGGGAAGCCUGCUGCUGUGGACCGGGGCCGGGAGGGGAGAGAAGGGGAGCGGGCAAACCACAGGGUCGCUUGUCAGCUUCCCGGAUAAAAACAUCCAGGCUGCAGGAUUUCCACUAAAAAGAAGAUACAGAUAAACCAGCACAAUGACAGCAGCACCGCGGAUCUCUCAUUUCUAGAGGCUGGAAACUGGAUGUUCAAACAAAUUCUCUCUCUCUCUUUUUUUUUUAUCUCUUUCUUGCGAAGUCAGCAAACUUUUCUUCUCUUUCUGGAUAACAGAAGUUACGGAGUCUUCUGAUCUGUGUUGCUUUUUGAGGAUUAUGUCACAUUACUGCUUGCCCUAUACCAACACCUUGGACCUGAGGAACUUUCUGUAGAACUUUGAAAUCGUUUUCUACAGAACAUGUUUGGCUGAUUUAGACUUUUGUCUCAUAUUUCCAACCUCUUAUUUAGAACCAGUUCACACAGGUCACAUUCAGAUGAAUCUGGUGCAAACAAAAUAAAUACAUAAAAU